AUGCAACGCGCACGUCCCGUAGUAGCGUACGACGAUUUGCCCCACGACCGAUCGGCUGUUCAGCGCGCCGCGACACAGACAGAUGCGCCCGUGCGUGAAAAAAGGCGCAAAAGAAAUGCGCAUGUCCGCACACACACGACGUACCAUGGGCCGCACUGGGACGAGGCGCCGGACGAAAAAGUGCGCGACGUACCUGCGUGGGAGGAAGAUUCGGAGGACGCCAUGGUAGCUUCGCCUGUACCUGGAGAUGCAUCGCCGUUCCUCGACACGGUCGAACUUCCAAGCGGGGAGGCGCUGUGCUCGGAAGAAGUGUGGGACGACCGGUUUUUGCGCGAUGCAUGGGACGCGGCGGAAGCAGAGUACGUUGCAUUUCACCAGCAGCGCACCGCGGAGAUCGAUGGGGUGCUUGCAGGGAAAGACGCGGCGUGGUUCCGCUUGCCGAAAGAGAGUGCAGCGCACGCCGAGCCCAGAGCGCCGCGCGUGGACACGCCAGGCUGGGCAGCGGCGCAGCGCAUUGUAGCGUCGACGCCGAAUCAUAUUCCAGGGCACGCCGCUGUGCCCCCAAGCGACGCAUUCACUCCCCCGGCCGUGCUGCCGGACGGCGACACGCUACAAAAUCUAGUCAUGGCAUGGUAUUAUACAGGAUAUUACACGGCACUAUACCAAAAAGAAAGUAGAGGAUAG